AUGGCUGAUUCGGCCAGGUCCUCGGACAAGAACCCCCGGUCCCCCCUCAAGUCCAAGGUUGUCCGCUCCCAAAAGAUCUCUCCGCCCAACGAUCCGCGCCCCUCACCACCGAGCGUGCCCGAUCAUGUCGAGGACUUCAGCGACCGCGACGUCGAACAGCAUCGCCGUGCCCCCUCCGCCCCGGGAGGCCCCAUAAUCCCACGUUCCCACACGCCCGGCCACCUCGCCUCCAAGAGCCAGGACCGCCGCCGUAAACCUUCCGAACUCUCUAUCCGCCAGCGCUCCCAGUCGGCGUCGCAGGCUCAGGCCUCACAACAGUCUCGUACGACACCCACAAGCGCGAAUACCCCCAGACCUCCACCGCCGUCCUUCCGGCCGAGUAAUACUGCUAGCGAUGCCACAACCCUGAACAGCAACGAUGGCUCCGAGUCCACCGGAGGCCCCGGCUCCGACCGCGACGGCCGCCGUCCUAUAGCCAUGCGCUCCACGUCCGCCAUAGCCGGAAAGCCUUCACUUCCCCUCUCGUCAUCCUCAACACGCCAGCUCUCUACAACGGUCUCCUCGAGAUCCGCCCCCAAAGGUCAACAUAUCCCCUUUCCGCCCCUCCAGGAUCCAAAGACUGCGCCAGAUGUACCUCCGGCUCCCUCAUCAGGCAUGUACUGGUCGCGAGCGCCCGUCUCAGGGGCUCCCCAUACAUCACUGCGUGCCCAUACGACCACGCUCGUCGGAUCCAACAUAUUCGUAUUUGGGGGCUGCGACUCCCGCGCCUGUUUUAACGAGCUCUACGUCUUUGAUGCAGAUGCCUUUUACUGGUCCGUACCGCACGUCACCGGCGAGAUCCCUGUGCCACUGCGCGCAAUGACUUGCACUGCUGUCGGCAAGAAACUUGUGAUAUUUGGCGGUGGCGACGGGCCUGCGUACUAUAACGAUAUUUACGUUCUUGAUACGACAAAUUUCAGGUGGCACAGGCCAAAGAUUAUAGGCGAUCGUGUCCCCUCCAAACGUCGUGCACACACGGCCUGCCUCUACAAGAACGGCAUCUACAUCUUUGGAGGCGGCGACGGGGUUCGCGCCCUCAACGAUGUCUGGAGGCUCGACGUCAGCGACAUGAACAAGAUGUCCUGGAAGCUUGUCUCCGGGCCCGAGCGGGCCCCGCCCCCGGGCGUCCGGGAAACUCGCCCGAAACCCCGCGGCUACCACACCGCCAACAUGGUGGGCAGCAAGCUCAUUAUCUUUGGCGGCUCCGAUGGCGGCGAGUGCUUCAACGAUGUGUGGGUCUACGACGUCGACGCUCAUAUCUGGAAGGCCGUUUCCAUACCUCAGACCUACCGCCGCCUAUCGCACACGGCCACCCUCGUAGGCUCCUAUCUAUUCAUUAUUGGUGGACACGACGGCAACGAGUAUUCCAACGAUGUCCUCCUGCUCAACCUCGUCACAAUGACUUGGGAUCGCCGGCGCGUCUACGGCCUUCCGCCUAGCGGCCGCGGAUACCACGGCACCGUGCUGUACGACAGUCGUCUGUUCAUCAUUGGUGGGUUUGACGGCAGUGAAGUGUUUAGCGAUGUUUGGAUGUUGGAGCUGGCUGUGCACGCAUAUUAUUCACAAAUUAGCCACUUCACCAUUGAGGUCUGA